GAAUGACCUUCGGUUUUUUUUAGACAGAAUAUGACUAUUUUUAAAAUGAUACAAGUAAAACAUAAGCUCAGUAGAUCUUUCUUUUCAGAUGCUGUUUUAAGAGCUUAUUUUGUUCGUCGGACUCGAUUUGGAUCAUUACCAGUUUAUUUAGAUAUUAAAGGUGGAGGAACAAAAUAUUUAACAUUAAUUAGAAAAGUAGAAGGAAAUGCUUAUGAACUAUGUAAGAAAUUAGAAAAGGAUCUUAAAUUAAGCCAAAAAGAAUUGUUUGUUAAUAAUUUAACAAAACAUGUUAUUAUAAAAGGAUCAAGAGUAAAUGAAGUCAAAAGAAUCCUUAUUAGAGAUGGAUUUUGAACUAAAAAUGCGGAAAAACAUAGUGAUGACCCCAAACAUAAAUAAU